UCUAUUGAGAGUGGGACUGGUUUCCAUCCCAUUGCCCCUCGGCAAGUCCUUUGGGAGACUGGAAAAGAAGCUCUGGGUAUUGCCAAAUAGUCCAGUAGGUGUGUGACAAUGUGUUCAAGGCUACUUGUGUGAGAGAGAAAGAGACCUGGAGUGUCUGCAAAAGGAAACUUUCCUUGGAUUUUACCCACCCUGGCGUCAGCUCUGACAGAAGGAAUUCAAGUAUUGUUCUCUCUUCACUGAAGCAAUUCAUGACCUGGAUGGGAUAAAAGAUGAGACCAGAUGACAUCAACCCGAGGACUGGACUGGUGGUAGCCUUGGUUAGUGUCUUCCUUGUUUUUGGCUUCAUGUUCACUGUUUCUGGGAUGAAAGGGGAGACCCUGGGGAACAUCCCCCUCCUUGCCAUAGGACCUGCAAUUUGUUUGCCAGGGAUAGCUGCCAUUGCUCUGGCCCGGAAAACAGAGGGCUGCACAAAAUGGCCUGAGAAUGAACUCCUCUGGUGUCGAAAACUCCCCUGCUUCAAAAAAUCAAAGGACAAGGAAGUUAUUGAAUUGUUGAGGACCCCAUCUGACCUGGAGUCAGGAAAGGGGAGCUCUGACGAGCUGGUCAAAAAGACAUACCUCAGAGGCAAUAUUUCCCCAAAGGGAGAGGUGCCUGUGGCUAGUUCUGUCACUACUACCAUUGCUACAGGAGAAGAGGAAUGCAAGAGUCUAGUCCAAAAGGAGAAUCAGAAGGAGACUUCCAGAUACCUGGAAGGAUGCUGUUCUUCAGGUACCUUCCUACCAUCAGGGAGCACCCCCAACUACAGUGCCUUGGAACCAAAGUGCUCCACUUGGGACAGAUCUGACUGCCCGGAACCUGAGGACAGCAUUUUCUUUGUACCACAAGACAGUAUCAUCGUCUGUUCCUACAAGAGCAGUCCUUAUGAUAGAUACUGUUGUUACAUCAAUUCAAGCCAAAUCAGUUGGGACCAUGAGACAAUAGUUUAAAUGAUGCACAAAAGCACAUCUAUAUUUAUACAAACAUGGCAAAUUACAGCUACUAAUGGAAAAGAAACUGCACUGCAUGAAGUCUUCAAACUGUUAGAAAUUGGCUUGGUAUGUGAUGGAUGCUCAAACCUCCUGUGCCUGAAGCCCUGUAAAUGAGCAUGCUUAAGGAUUGGGGACUUACUUUAGUGAGAAAUGAUGAGUUUGAGGACAUAUCUAGGGGAGGGGAGGUGAAAAGGUGACCAAGGAAACAGGAAUUCAGAUUCCUUUCCUAUUUAAAUGAUGUUGAGUGUCUUACAAAACAGAUCAAAAGUACUAUGUGUUAUCAGCUAAGAAUAAGACAAAUCAGAAGCCAGCUGUAUACAAAAAAAUAACAAAUGAUGUAUGAGAAUAUAUGCUUUCAGUAAGAGAAUUUCUUGUUUUCUCAAGAAUAUUGAAAGACCAAUUUUACACUUGGUUGUAUUAGAUAAUUGGGUGGGUUUAAAUAGUUAAGAAGCUUUUUACUUAUUUAAUUCCCCAAUCAAGAAAAUAGUUUUAUUCCUUCUUAGAUAUUCCCUGAAAGUCCAAGGAUAACUUUAAAAAGUUGAAUUAUAUUCCAGUUCUCUUAACUUCUGGCAAUCACCAUUCAGGGAACUGCAUGUGUUAGUUAAAAUAAAAUGUCCAUAAUUAUGUGAAAAACUCACAUUUUUAGAAUGUUAUAUUAAUUCUUAAUCUGAUCACUUAAUGGCUUUAUCCGAAGUGUUUUCAAUAUACAAUUACCUUAUUAUAUAAUUUUAUCAUGCAGUAAAAUAUGACAUGGAUAAAAGAAUUACAGGGAUCCAAAUUAGUUUUCACCAAAUCAAAAUGAAUUUUGACAACUACAUGCAAAUACCAUUGAAUUUAUGGGUAGAGUUUUCUUGGGAAUUACUAUUCUCAUAUGCAUCUUCCCAUCCAAAGACUACAUAUAUAUACACACACACACACAAACACAUAAACACACAAUAAUUGCUGCAGCUAUGAAAAAUGUGCUGAAUUUGCAUGAAAUACAUUGCUUAACUAUCUUGAAAUCUAGUGCUUGCAUGCAUGUUCACAAAGACCUAGACAUUCCAAUGUCACCAGGAUUAACGGAAUAGAAAACUCUCUGAUAAACGCAGAUUUAAAUCUCUUAGCACUUCAUUAAAAAGGUCAAUUUUAUUUGACUGAGAUUUCAUUGUUUCUAAGAAAACAAAACCAAAAAAAAUCUACCAUAAUAAAAACUUUACAAAUAUUUCCCAUUUCGUCUUUUCAGUGCCAAUUGCAUCAGAUAGUAAGGGCAACCAGUCCAAGUGAAAAUAUAUGUCUGCUUAAUUGAAAUCUAAGAUCAAUGUGGAAAAAAUAGUGAUGGUGAUGGGUUUCAUCUGGAAGCAAAGAAGAUCUUACAAACUUCAGAGAAUGAUCAUUAAAAAAUUUCUCACAGUUGUUUCCAGCCAUUCAUUCUAAUAUAUGUGGAGGAAAGGAGAAAUUGAAUGAUAUUAAUUUGGGGGCUAUUUCUUUGGGGCACAUUAGACCCAAUGUCAUUACAGCCCUUGCAUAAGGAUAGAAAAGUGACUAUCAUUUAAGCUAAAGGAUUUUAUAAAUCACACCUGUCAAAUCAAUUUCAGAUAUAUUUAAUCUUUUUUCUGUGCAUAAAUGACUUAGCUGUGACCUUGGGCAAGUCACUUGACCUCUGAACCUCAGUUUCUCAUCUGCAAAAUGAGAGGGUAGACCAGGUCUGAGAUCCCUUCAAUCUCUAAAGAGUCUAUGAUCCUGUCAAAUGAAACUUUGUGUACUUCAAGGAAAUGAUUUAUAAUAA